UGUUACAGGUGACCUUGAAUGAUUUUGAAAGGAUCUGGAUCUGCAGAUUUUGCCGCUCUGCUUUGAGCCUCACCUGAUUGAAUCACCAUGUCAGCCUAUGGCCAUCAGAUGGAACGAGACUUCUCAGUUCAGAGUCUCUUGAGCAGAGAAGAUACUGGAACGGAGAUGGGAAGCCGAUAUGUGCUGGAAUCGGGAUUCUACAUGACCUCUUUUGCUGCUACAAUCUUCAUUGCUGGUCUUCUAACUACCGGUGUUCUAUUGGUAACUUUGGUCGUCACAUUAGCAGUAAUGCUGCAGUCUUGUGAAAGCAGGAGCAAGGGAGUAGUGCAGAUCCAUAAAGGCAGUGAUGUUUACCAUUAUUGCAAGGCUUUUUCUUCACAUGGCGAGCUCAACAGCUUGAAACAAUCCGAUAUUCCUCCGGUCUGCCAGAAUUUCUCCUACGAAUAUAUCGAACACGGAGAAUACGAACGAGACUUAAAUUUAUCGAUCUCGAUGAUCGAAAGUUUUUUCGAGACUAUUUCACCAUCGAAUAGUCAUCCGGAUGUUGUGUUAGUGGACAUAGAUGACAUCCUUGAUUCAGAUCCUGCAUACUCCUAUCAAUUAAUACAUCAGCAUCAGUUCAACCUGCAAUAUGGCUCUAACAAGCCAAGUGGUUCCAUUGAAGAUGCGACCAAUCUGAAGCUGCGGCUAACUGUGGAAUUGUGUAUGAAACUUCAGUCCAGAGGAUGGUCUUUGAUCCUUUUAUCGAGGAAGCCCGAGAGGCUUAGAAAUGUUACAAUUGAACACCUUAAUACCAUAGGAUUUAUAAGUUGUCCUUUGAUUCUGAGGUCAGAUGACGAAAUGGGAAUGGAAAGCUGGGAAUACUUUUCCAGAAGAAGAGGAGCAAUUUCAAGGAAACAAGGUAAUGAGAUAGUGAGUGUGAUUAGCAGCCGAAUGGACGCAUUGACAGGCUCAUCUUUGGGAAAACGUGUUUUUAAGCUUCCAAAACCUUGGUUUUACCAAUUCUGAGAAUCACAUUCAAAGCCCUUCACUUUCAUAUUAGGUUUUGUAUUCUUUUCACUCUUUACCCUCCUUA